CAACCCCGAUAGCCUCACUCCCAUUGAUGCGAUGCACGACUCCUAGGGAGAUUAUUCGCCGUUCCGAUUCUCACAUCACAAGUGGACUCCGCUACCGUAAGUGACCAGCACAACAGACGUCGCCAUGGCCGGGGAGCCGAGAUCCAGUGAUGCAGGGCCUCGACGGCGCACCAAAAAGGCCUGUCUCACGUGCCAGGAGAAGAAGCUCAAGAAAUACAUAUAUACAUGACGCUAAGACGGUUUGAUGAUGCAGUGCAGUGGCCUGGGCGCAAUCUUCAAUCCACCCAGGCCCAGGGGCACCUUCAUCCUCUCGCCUCCCCAUGACUGCCGUUGCCGCAAAUCAGAGGCUCAAAUCUACCCCCAAGGACGCCUCCAUUUCGAAAUGAGCGCUACAUACGCACAGAGAGCCAGGUUACGUCUUCAAAGAUGUUUCCCCCCAUGAACGAAGCACCAGCGGCAACAGGGGACGUCAUGGGGAGUACGUCAGUGGACAGAGCCUCCGAGAGCAGCUGCGGAUGCUGCAGGAUGGUAAAGGCAGGUUACGUGGUAUAUUUGGGUAAUUCGGCAAGUCGUAUCUCGAUACAAUACGAAGACUCGUGGAGAACGAUAGGACCGUGCAACGUCACAAACGAUGGACAUAAAGGCAAAGUUGUUGAGGAGUCGAUUUCAACGGGGUUGACGCCAACCUAUGUCCUGCCUGAUAAGGAGGCGGCUGAUUUUCUACUUAAAUCUUUUUUCUCUAACGUGACCUUCAACUUCCCUCCUGGAACGCCGCCACCUAUGCCCCCUGCAGACUGUGGGGACAAUUCCCAUAUUGGAUCGAGAGCCAUUCACUCAGGAGGUUCAAUCGAUAUACAAUCCGCUACAGACUAAGUAACACGCUUAUCGAUUCUGAAUCUCGUUUUUGCAGUUAGCCUGCAACUGAUGAUGAGGUCUGAUAUAUCUAGUCUCCGUGAAUGCCAAAUACUUGAGCGGCUCGAUGGCGGUAGUAGAGCUGAGGUGUUUUACGUAAAUGCAACGCAUCUGAACGACCCAGUAUCGGGGUUUGAAGACGGAGACAUCACAUCUAUUCCGGCACUGCUACUAGUCAUGGUGUAACGGGUGCCGGCGUUACAGUACAUGUGGUAUAUAAAGCGUGUUACGCGUAUUCCGGGUGAGCCGGAAUACUGUAGUCUUUUUGGCUCAGUGGGAUGUAGUGCGAGCGUAACCGUACAUCGUUACACACGGUGUCUAUAUUGACUAUAGCUAAACGUAACGCUACAUGGGC